AUGGUUCUUAAUAACUCUUUGUAUUUCUCUGUUGAAAUGAGUCGUGAAGCUUUUGCUUCAGUGAAUGUGCCUCUCUCUGCUGUCAGCAUUCUUCUGAACAUUGUUUUUGUCUACUCUAUGGUCUUUCCACGGAAAGGAGCAGAGCAGCUGAAUGAAACGCUCAAGGUUUUACUGGGAUCACUUGUUGGGGGCAACAUUACUAUUCAUUUCUGCAGCCUUUUGUUUGUUUUAAUGAGUAUGUUUUUAAUGACGUGGUUAGAAAGGUACAUAUUAUGUAUAAUAUGUCCUCUGAUUUUGAGUGUUAUGAUAUAUACCAUGAUGGCUAUCAUUUCGUCCUGCCACUGGAAGAACAUAUUUUACUUCUGCCAGAUUGUUCCUUCUCAACAUUCAUUCUUCAUCUGGUUUAAGAGGAACAUAAGAGCCAUGAUAUACUCUGCCUUGAUCUUAAAUGCAAUGUUCUGUUUGUUUGGUAUACUCGACAUUUUGUAUAAGAUUGUACAACUCAAUAUGAAUCUAGCAAAUAAUUUCAUUAGUGAAACACAGGAAGGACUGUGGAGUGUCCUGCAAAUAAACUUGCUAAGUUUUGCGGACUUCUUGUUUACAUUAGUCUUAUAUUUGCUCAGUCUCUGUUUGAUGUUGGCAUCGAGCUACGCAACUGUUCUCUACCUGUGGAGACACAUGAAGAAUGUGGAGGAGAGCAGCCUCCUCUCUCCCCAACUCCAGAGACAGAUAAAGAUGACCAUCACAGGCAUCACAGUACAGGCCACAGAGUCACACACUGUUCCAGCAGAGAGUAGUUGA